AUUGUCUGCAUGGGCGUAACCGAUAGAACGGCGCCUCAAUUUGUGGAACGGCGAUGGCCGCUUACGGGUGUGGCCAUGACUGCGUCGACGGUUCGACACCAUCUGCUGAGGACUGAACGGGUGGGACGCAUACCACUGCGACGAAUUCUGUUGAACAGAAACUACCAACGCCAUAAGACACCAAUGGGUAGCCGUGGUCGCUAUGGUGGGGGUGCCUUAACAACCUAUCGCAUGAUCGAAUAUCUCCGUGAAUGUGAAUGUGAAUGUGAAUGUAGGCUUCGUGCUGGAAGGGCACUUUUGAACACGUCUUUGGCAUCUGGUGAUGAGCGAGUUUCGUAG